AGCAGGUAUGUAACGCUGCCUGAUAGGAAUGCCACACCGCCUCGCUACAGUCCGGAGAAAGGAUAACUCGUACCGGAUCACAGACAAUUGAGCUUUUCUUCUUCUUAGUCUUCUUAGUGUAGUAGGUAACUAGCGUGAAGAUGGUGUAGACAUACGCGCCCUCACCCGUAGAGCACCAUAAACUAGUGCCGCUGCCAUGUUGACUAGAUUAUUCAACGAACCCUCACUGCUUCCGGACAUGCAGAAGUUCGGGGGUUGGGUGGAUGACAGCGGGAGCGAGGACUCCAAAAUCAAAGACGAGGAGCAGGAGCGCUGUCGCCUAGGCGACGAGGACUUGGACGAGGGCGAUGUGAAAGACGGGAGCAGCCGGGCUCAGUCGGAAACUGCAGGGGAGGAGGACGAUGAUGAGGAUGUUGAUGAAGAUGAUUGUGGAGAUGAUGGGGACGAAGACAUGCCCAAAAAACGUGGGCCAAAAAAACGCAUAAUGACACCGGCUAGGUUAGAGCGCACGAAAGUUCGGCGCCAAAAAGCAAACGCCAGAGAGCGCACGCGCAUGCACGAUCUAAAUUCAGCAUUGGACAAUCUACGCAAGGUUGUACCAUGCUAUUCAAAAACUCAGAAACUCUCCAAAAUUGAAACUCUAAGAUUGGCGAAGAACUACAUCUGGGCGCUGUCAGAAAUCCUGCGCAAUGGGAAGAGACCAGAUGUGGUUUCGUAUGUACAGACACUGUGCAAAGGCCUCUCCCAACCCACGACCAAUCUGGUGGCUGGGUGCCUCCAACUUAACUCAAGGAAUUUUCUAACGGAACAAUGUCAAGAGGGAGCGCGCUAUCACGUGCCUAACCCGUCGUUCUCCAUGCAUGCAUAUCCAUACCAAUGCUCCCGUCUAUCAAGCACACACUGUCAGUCAGGAUCCAGUGCACAUAACCUCCGAAAUCACUCUUUCUGUUCGGCCUAUGAGGCUCUGUACACCGAAGGCACGUCCCCAGAAUACAACAGUCCAGAUUACGAGAGUCACCACAGCCCUCCGGUGUGUGUAAAUGGUAACUUUGCUUUAAGACAACAGGAGUCACUGUCACCAGAUGCGGAAAGAGGUUAUCAAUAUUCCGUGCAUUACACCAAUCUGCAUGGCUCACGUUCCUCCGCUGCUCAUGGCCUUGCUUACGGCCCACCAGGAACUCGCAGCGUUCACUCAGAGAGCCUUCCACCGUUUCAUGAUGUACACGUGCACCACGAUCGGGCGCCUGCAUACGAGGAACUCAACGCCUUUUUUCACAAUUAGAUGAUUUUUCCGUGUUAAUAAAAAAAAAAAAAAAAAGAAAAGAAAACGGAAAAAAAGACAUGGAAAAGGAAAAGACAUUUCCACGUUCAAAACAUUAACUAAUUUAGUAGCAAUGUUUUACAUUAUUGGACAAUAAUCUUGAUUUUUUAAUAUUUCCAUAAUGAACAUUAAUGGACAAAAUAUGUAUAAAAUAAUUGAUUGAAUCCAACUGCUAAAAAGAUUUUACACAGUAGGAGUGCUAUUUAUGAUUAAAUCUAAUGUUUGAACCAUAAUGAAUAUAUUAUGUAAUAACUCAAGAAAAGAAAAAAAAAAAGUGAAAUGAACCAAAUUGUUAAAUGAAGUUUCAUGAUCAAAUAAAUAAAGACGCAUAAUGUUCCAGAA